AGCAUGGGCUCCCCAGGGGCCGUGGUGGGCUGGGGGCUUCUGGAUUACAAAACGGAAAAGUACGUGAAGACCCGGAACUGGCGGGUGGGCGCCUUGCAGAGGUUGCUGCAGCUGGGGGUCAUGGUCUACGUGGUGGGGUGGGCCCUCCUCGCCAAAAAAGGCUACCAGGAGCAGGACCUGGACCCCCAGAUUUCUGUCAUCACCAAACUCAAAGGGGUUUCUGUAACCCAGAUCAAGGAGCUGGGGAACCGGCUGUGGGAUGUGGCUGACUUCGUGAAGCCGCCACAGGGAGAAAACGUGUUCUUCUUGGUGACCAAUUUUCUUGUGACGCCAGAACAAGUUCAGGGCAGAUGCCCAGAACACCCCUCCAUCCCGCUGGCUAGCUGCUGGGCCGACCAGGACUGUCCUGAAGAGGAGACAGGGACCCACAGCCACGGCAUAAAAACGGGCCAGUGCGUAGUGUUCAACGGGACCCACAGGACCUGUGAGAUCCGGGGCUGGUGCCCAGUGGAGAGUGGUGCUGUGCCCGUGAAGCCCCUGCUGGUCCAGGCCGAGAACUUCACGCUGUUCAUCAAAAACACCAUCACCUUCAGCAAGUUUAACUUCUCCAAGUCCAAUGCCUUGGACACCCAGGACCCAACAUAUUUCAAGCGCUGCCGCUACGACCCGCGCUCCAGCCCCUCCUGCCCUGUGUUCCGCAUCGGGGACCUCGUGGCCGCAGCUGGAGGGGUCUUUGAGGACCUGGCGCUGCUGGGCGGUGCCAUGGGCGUCCACGUCCACUGGAACUGCGACCUGGACUCCAGGGGCUCUGACUGCCAGCCCCACUACUCCUUCCAGCUGCAGGAGCGGACCUACAACUUCAGGACGGCCACUCACUGGUGGGAGGCCUCGGGUGUGGAGGCCCGGAGUCUGCUAAAGCUCUACGGGAUCCGUUUUGACAUCCUCGUCACUGGGCGGGCAGGGAAGUUCGGGCUCAUCCCCACGUUCAUCACUCUGGGCACAGGAGCAGCUUGGCUGGGCGUGAUCACCUUCCUCUGUGACCUGCUGCUGUUGUACGUGGAUGGAGAAGCUCAUUUCUACUGGAGGACCAAGUAUGAGGAGGCAAAAGCUCCAAAGGUGACUGCCAGCCCUGAGCAGACAAAACCGGCAUCUGCACCCCUGCACCUGGCUGCCCAGGCUCCUUAG